CCCCGCCUGAUUCGGGGUCCUUGCAGGUACUCGGAAGUAAUGCGCACAGAAUUGCAGAGAAGCGCGCGCGGUGUAAUUAGUAAGUGCUUUUUGUGUUUAUGUUUCGUGUCGCGUGUAGCAGCCGCGAUACACCCGACAAAUAUCUCAGUCUAACGAGUGGCUUUGCUUCAACACGCGGCUCACUUGAAAGUUUCGUCCGUUCCUGAUUAUUUUGUUCCAAAACUAAGAUUUCGGUCGUGAAAAUGAACUUCUAUCGUAGACCUACGUUCCUCUUCGCUCUCUCUCUCAUCGUUGCGUUGAUCGCGACUGAGACAUCCGCAUCUCCGGCGCCUGACGGUGUCAUAGACAAGAUUAAAGGCUUCUUCUCUCAUCCCAAGGACACUGCAGAGGAAGCUGCGGACAAAACCAAGGAAACUUAUGACGAUGCGAAAGACGGAGUCAAACAUGGCUGGGAUGUGACCAAGCAGAAAGUCGGAGAAGGGUGGGAUGCAACCAAGGAGAAAGUCGGCGAAGGGUGGGAUGCAACCAAGGAGAAAGUCGGUGAAGGGUGGGAUGCGACCAAGGAGAAAGUCGCAGAUGGGUGGGAUGCGACUAAGGAUAAAGUCGGAGAAUGGGUGCAAAAGGGAAAGGAAGCUUUGAAGCAUGACAAGUGAAAGGGUUUCGUGACAUGAAUACAACACUCAAGUCAAUCGUUUUUGUACACUGAACAAAAUAGUUCUGUUCACAGGGCUCCUGCACUUCUUCUGUAACAGUCACAGAAGCUUCCGUUAUGAGAACAGAGUAUUCUGUUCCCACGACCAAAGUUCUGUUCUCACAACAGAAAAUUCAGUAAGUGUAACAAAGAAACUGCAGAAGCCCUGUGAACAGAAGGUUCUGUGGUCAGCACCAUCUAUUUUUUUCUGUGUACAUUGGUAAAAAUAACACCCUCCUCUUGUAAAACGUGAUCGGGUCAACUCCUACUUAACUUUCGAGUGAAAUUUGCCUAUAUUUCUAUUUAUUAGUCUCUUUCUGAUUCUUCAUGUCUUUCAAAUUUAACUUUUAAUCAUGUAUUUUUUAACUGGAUUAACUUUUAACCCCUCAGGGGUUGUGGAACGACAAGGUGCUGUGGCGUUAGGCGUCGCACAGCGCCACAGAGCGCUGUAAAAGCGACUGUUACGUGACUUAAUUACUUAAAAAGGCCCCUGAUUUGGUCUCAAUUUGACUCGACUUAUAUUCAACAUAGGUUCAUAUCAUUAUUUCGAAUAGUGUAGUCUUGAACCUUCCUUUAUUUGUCUAAUGGUACACUGUGGAGAAAUGCUUACGUACUUUGUUCUUAAAUGGAAAGGAGCCUCCAAUGAACAAUCCCACCAAAGGUAUUCCGCUAUUUCAAGACAAAUAUCAUUUGUUUAAAGUAAAACGAUAUCUAGCUGAUUUACGAUUAAUUGGACUACAUUUUGCAAUUAGGAACUAUAAAUUCCAGCCCGGUUUAAGAACAACGAUGUGUCAUUAGUGUCCCUAUACACAUGAGUGUUUUAACGAAUGAUCCAGAAAUUAUAGUUUCGAAUUGCAAAAUGUAGUCCGAUUUGUCUUCGAGGAGUAUUAAAGAGUCUCAUUGAUCUUUAUAUUUUCUCAGCGAAUCAACGAAACAUUUUUAUCAGAGAACAUCUAGUCGAGUCAACUUCCCAGUGUAAAAUAAAUUCAUCGAUGUGUUAAGACUCGUUUUUCCGUUUCUCUGAAUUUGCUCAUGUUUUGCUUUACUUGAUUGUAUAUAUUGUACCGUUUAAUUAUUUAUUUAUUUAUUCAAUGAAGUAAAGAAAAUUAUCGUUUUUAACAAUUUUGUUCAAGUUUGGCGUGUUUUCCUUGCCCUUAGAAAAACUCAAGAGGCUAUCUCAUUAAAAUUAUGGAAUCAAUUUGUCAAAUUGACACCUGGUUGAACGGGUAAAUUUAUUUAUUAUUUCAUUCAAUAUUUCGCCCUUUACUUGUUUCCAAUGACAAUAAAUUACGAUUAAGCAAUGCCAUGUA